AUGUUGCAAGUAUGGACCGCCAUUGGAUUACUAGUGUUUUAUCUAGCUAACAGUGUUACAAGUCUGGAAAAUGGCCUCGCCAGGACCCCACCAAUGGGGUGGCUCGCCUGGGAGCGCUUCAGAUGCAACACCGACUGCAAGAACGACCCAGAAAAUUGCAUCAGCGAAAAUUUGUUCAGAACGAUGGCCGAUAUAGUGGUAUCGGAAGGAUAUGCCGCAGCUGGUUAUGAAUACGUUAACGUGGAUGAUUGUUGGUUGGAAAAAGAAAGAAAUCAGUAUGGCCAACUGGUAGCCGACAAAACUAGAUUUCCCAGGGGAAUGAGAUCACUAUCGGAUUACAUUCACUCCAAAGGACUUAAGUUCGGUAUAUACGAGGACUAUGGCAACUACACAUGCGCGGGAUAUCCAGGUGUUCUGGGGUACUUGCAAACAGACGCUGAUACUUUCGCGUCUUGGGAUGUGGAUUAUGUUAAACUGGAUGGUUGUUACGCUCAUCCAAGUGAAAUGGAUCAAGGUUACCCUGAAUUUGGUUUCCAUCUCAACAGAACUGGAAGGCCAAUGAUUUACUCUUGCUCGUGGCCAGUGUAUCAAAUAUACGCGGGGAUGCAACCAAAUUUUACCUCCAUCAUUCAGCACUGCAACGUGUGGAGAAAUUUCGAUGAUAUCCAGGAUUCUUGGGCUAGUGUGGAAAGCAUCAUCGACUACUACGGGAACAAUCAGGAUGUGAUUGUGCCCAAUGCAGGUCCUGGACAUUGGAAUGAUCCUGACAUGUUAAUUAUUGGCAACUUUGGAUUGAGUUACGAACAAAGCAAAACCCAAAUGGCCAUAUGGGCUAUAUUAGCUGCACCUCUUCUAAUGUCAGUGGACUUAAGAACCAUAAGACCUGAGUACAAAGCCAUUCUGCAAAACAGAAAGAUCAUUGCAGUGGAUCAGGACCCUCUGGGUAUACAAGGAAGGAGAAUAUACAAGCAUAAAGGUAUUGAAAUCUGGUCGAGACCUAUCACGCCUCUAUACCAAAACUAUUUUUCGUACGCCAUCGCUUUUGUGAACAGGAGGACCGAUGGAACGCCGUCAGAUGUCGCUGUUACGUUAAAGGAACUCGGUCUGACGUCACCCACAGGUUACAGAGUAGAUGAUCUCUACGAGGACGUUGACUAUGGCGUUCUGUCUCCCCAAACCAAAAUAAAAGUGAAAGUUAAUCCAUCAGGUGUUGUCAUCCUGCGCGCCGACGUGCAGUCCGACUACAACCGAAGAGUUCCUUACUACAGUACGACGCAAAAAAGUCCGUACAACCCCUUGAACCAAGUUUUCAGAGUUCGAAACAACGGAUUCUAG